CUGAACAGUGAAGCGAGCCGAUUUUUUCAAAGUUGCAAAUGGUUUUCUUAGGAAAAGAAACUAAAAAAGCGAGCAUUGAUAGUGAAAAAUUUGUGAUAACUGUUUAGUUUAUAAUAUGGCCUUGUGGAAAUAAAGAAAUGUUAUAUAUAUCAUAAACUGUUUACAAGCAUAAAAAAUCUUUCUCAACUCUCAAGUCAUAACACAGAGGCAGUUUUCGAGAAUUAUUGUUUGUUUCGUGAACUCAGUUGGUGAAUAGAAUCAUGAACUUCAUUGCCGAAAAUUGGGAAUUCAGGAAGGAUAUAAGGGAGGUAGAAAAAAAUCGCGUAAACCUUUUUGAGGUGGAAAGAAAUAGUUGGAACGAACAAAUUUUGAGACUUAUGGAAGACAAUUUCAUAUUUAAUAACGUAAAGAACAAGAAAACAGCCACCUUAAGUAAUGACGAAGAGCUAAAACUUUUGAUAGAUGAAAACAAAGAGCUGCGUCAAGAAAUAGAAUAUAAGCUAAAAGAUUUAUCUAAGAACCAGGAUCAGUACGAAACCUAUAAAAAAGAUCAAAAAUUACUGACUCAAGAAGUUAGAGAAAGACAUGAGGCAUUUUUAACAGCAAAAAAAUACUAUAAAAAGUUUUUGAAAAUUUAUUUCACUAUUGAAUCCCGAAGCAAAGAUACACAGACAGUAUAUGUGCAGUUUUUCACGGAGUCCAAAAAAGAACCUGAUUAUUACUCGGUUCGCCUUGUGAGAAAUAUUAAAACUGGAAAUUAUGAUUUGCAAAGUGCAAAUCCAAAGUUAAAAAAUUUCAAAGAGCUACAAAAGAGACUGUUGGAUACUAAUGAUGUUCCUGGAGUAUUAUGUUAUAUCCGACAGGCAUUCCUGAAAAUGAAGAGUAUCAAGAAAUAAGUGAGAUGUGAGAUUAAAUUACCAUGAAGUUGAUGAAAUUGAAAACCUUUGGGAUGAUCCAAUCCAAAAAAAUGUGGCAAAGUGAUCCAAUUUUAGAUAAUCUUUCUACCAAGAUUGUUUUAAUGGCUAAAGAAUGCAUAUUUUAGUUGAUACAUAGCUUAAUAUUUUAUCAUGUAUAAUUAUAUUUUAAAAUUUAAUUAUAAAACUUAUUGGAUUCAAAUUUUACCCAGGAGGUAAAAGUUUCUGGGAUUUCAACUAUCACCAUAAUAUUAUGUAAUUUUAAAAUGCAUCAAUAUUAAAUAUAUUAGGUUGUGGGAGCAGUUGUUGAAAGAUCCAACCAAUCUCCUACCUGCCUGCAAAGUAGUGUCAAAAAAUUACCUAGUUUACUUUAAAAAAUAUUUAAUUAUUCUAUUAAUUUUAUAGUUUUUUAAUAAUAUGUAUGGAAAUGUGAAAAUAAACACUCAGAUUGUGUAACAAAGUUAAUCUUUAUUUAAAUCAUCAGCAACUGUUCACAAUUUUUUGUCAGGUAAGUUGAGGUAAUACUGUUAUGUUGUGAACAUAAAGAUAAGUUAGUAUAAUUUUUUUGAGUUCCAA